CACGUCACCGAGGUGCGCUCGCGCGGAGGGGCGCCGAACGUGCUCGGGCCGAUCGUGACAUUCUGCCAUUUCUGGCGCGUUGCGGAGCGCUCGCGCCGUGUACCGCGCGGCGGCUGGUGUGCGAGAGAGGACGGCGCGUGGACGUAUCCCGGCACGAAGAGGCCUUGCCUCAGCUCUCCUCCUGGAGUUCUUUUGCUAUCAGACGUUCUGAUGGGUGAAACAGGACCGCGACGUUCCACCCUCGUCUCCCGGUUGCCAAUAUUCCGACGGAGUGUGAGCAAGCGACAGGACUCGCUCCCGUCGUCGCCGUCCUCCGGAGGUGUGGCCAAUGGUGUCCAUACAUCAUCCCCAUCCAGCACCAACUCCAGCUCCAGCAGCACGGGUAAACGGCGCAGCCUGUUCCGUGCACCCUCCAUUAGUUUCCACAGCAAACGGAGCAGCGAGCCGCGUGUUGACCCUGCACCGGUUGCCCAAGAGCAUGGUGGCCAGAGCCGGCCCAGCUCAGAGCCGGGGCUACAUCGGGGGGAGGAUGGUACCCGUGGAAAGGCCCGCCACUCCUUCGGCUUUGGGGGCCAUCGUCAAAAGAAGAUAACACGCUCCCAGACGGAGGACUUUGAGAAAGGCCCGACCAACCGUGGCCUCUUCAUUAACUGCAUCAGUUCUGGGGCCAAUGAAGGGGAUGAUUCAGGUUUCCUCGAUGAUUACAGCAGCAAGCGCUCUUCUCGACACAAGAAGCAGUUACUGCCCAAGUCUUUCUCAUCCCACCACCGCUUCUCCAAGCACUCUGCUGGAGUGCCCGAGCCAUGCCGCUCUCUGGAGGUCAGUGCUGAGCCUCCCCGGUUGCUUACACCCGGCUCUUGCCCGAGUGAGUUUGGGGAUGGCUCAUUGCAGUCACCUAUGCUCUCAGAGGACCGCACCACAGCCAUCACACCCUCUGAGUUUGUCCCUGUCACCGAGGACUCAGUCUCAGAGGUGGAUGCCCUGCCCGUCCUGAGCCCCGCUGCCCCAGUGGAGCCCAAUAACCCUGUUGCCCCUCCCUCCCAGGUGUUUUUCACACCUGCCCCCCCAGCUGGGGAAAAACCUCUUCUGCCAGAUGCCAGCACUGUGAGCACAGAUUGUGAGACUGCCAUACCAGAGGCCCCUCCAUUGGCCACUGAGAAGCAGGAGGAGCCCGACAGGCCUCCAGAUGGUGGGACGGACGGAGGAGGAGAGAGCAGGCUGGUUCCUGAGCAGAGUGAUGCCGACAGUUCUGGUCUGGAGGAGAGGUCCAGCGAGGAGACGAAGAGGCAGAGAAAUGCACCUUCGACACAGGAGCUGCGUAAAGGAAGCUGCUGCUUCAAACCUGAGGCCAGGCCGAGCCACUUGAGAAAGCCUCACACAGUGUCUCUGGGCAGCAGCUGUAGCCCCUACCAUGAGGUGAUGCGCCGGCAGCGGGCCGCAUCUGAGGGUGCGGGGGGACCGCGGCUACACCUCAAUCUGAAGGAGCCUUACUUUGCUGAGGGCCAAACCCUGCUCCAGCACAGGACCUCCUCCUCUUCUUCGAAACUGGGCAGCCUGGAUGUCCUGAACAACCUGGGCUCCUCUGAGCUGGACGAGGAUGACCUGAUGUUGGAUUUGGACCUGUCUGAUGACCAACGCCAGCACCGUGUGUCCCGAGAGGACUCUAGCCAGUCCCUGGCCUCCUGCCUGGCUCUUCUGAACUCACCCAUGGAGCCCUCCGCUGACAAGAUCCCCGGCAAAGAGUCCAAAGGAUCCGAACCUCCGAGCAGGGAGGGCUCCAGCAGAGACCCCGCACGGCCCACCUCCCUGCUGCCUGCCGACUGGUGCCUCCCGCGAGACGAAGACCUGGUUGGCCUGGAGGGGCUGCCGUUCAGACUGAUGCUGCAGGACUGCACGGCAGUGAAGACCCUGCUGCUGCGCCUGAGGAGGACGCUACAGGAGAGCGUCGAGACGAGUCCUGCCAGUAGCCUCCACUCAUUACCUAUAAGCCCUUCCAGUGACAAGUCCCUUCCUUUCAAGCAGGACCCUGGGAGAGAGGACUGCCCCUCCUUGCUGCUGCAGCUGAAGGACAAGGAGGAACUCAUCCAGAGGCUACAGGCUGAGCUGGACAAAGCCCGGGCCGCCCAGACACAGCCGUUUCAGAGAGCAGACAAGUGCACCCAGACGGAGUUCGCUAGUCCUGAGGCCGCCAACCCCAGUCAAGCUCCAAGCUACAGCAGCAGCCUGAGGGAGCGGAGGUUAACGCGCUCUCUCGCGGCCGACCGCACAGGAACCGCAACGCCAGCAGCAGCCUGCGAGGACAGAAAGUGCCCCGUCCUGGCGAGGGACCCUGUGGGGUUGCCAUGGGAAACAAGCUGCGCACGAAAGGGUCCGGAUGGCCCCACCAGCCAGAUCCCACGCGCGGUGGCCGGCAGCAGCUCAAGCCUGCCAGGCCGGGGGAGCCCCUCGCGGGCCAGCCUGUCAUCGGACAGCGAGCGAGGCCCCCGCAGCGAACGCAGUGCCGCGCCCCGCCAGUCUCCAGCCACGUCCUCCUUCACCGGCCGCUUGGGGCAGCCCCCCCGCGGGCCGCUCUCCCUGCACAUGUACAGCCGUAAGAACGUCUUCCUGCAGCACUCGCUACACACGGCCGAGCUGCAGGCCCUGGCCCAGCAGGACAGCUGAGGGGCCAUGUGGUGUCCAGGCCCGCAGAGGAGCCCCGAGGGCUUUGGCUUCCUGCCACAAUAAGGAAACGCGCAUCUCUCCGAAAGCCUCACGCUUGGAAACUGCCAAUACUUCACAUCUCCCUUGGACCUCCUGGUUCCUUGGGACAGAAAGCAGCAGGACGAUAAACUUUUAAACAAAGUGUCUUAACUCCAGACGUUCCAGUUCAGAUGUUUAAUACAGCAGUGAAACAUAGACCUCAAGUUUUGUUCUGAAUGCACCAAGCGCAAGGUCCCCUGGAAGAAAGCCUUACAAAGUACACUCCUCUGCUCUUUGUGAAGUUCCUCCUGACUACAGAGCUGACUGACAGAACACCGGUUUGUGUUCUGCAUUCAGAGGACUGAAGAACACGCACACGCGUGACGACUCGUUAGGCCCCGAACACGUGUGGAGCCUCUCAAAAGUGCGUCCUUUCAAACGGCGCUGCUCUGUCACUACGUUCCCUCCCAUCCAGCGCAGAAAACUACAGCAUGUCUCAUAUCUUCGACACUGGAAAGAAUGACAAAAGACUGGCUGUAGCUGUAAUCCAUCUUUUUUUGUUCUUCACUUCAGAGCACCAGUGACUUAGACGUCUUGUUGCACCAGCGGCCACAUUACGCACAUUAUGGUUUUGCCAAGAACAUUUUCACCAUCCAGAAUUUGCCAAAAACGGAGCCAGUUGCCUUUUUAGCACGACUGAGCGCUCGAGCCGACUUCCCGUCCUAUGUACAGAUCCCUUCUAGCAAUAUAGGACAUUUAACUGCAUGCUUUGAAAUGACAAAUUACAUCUCAUAGGGGCUCUUUUUUAUACACAGAAGGAAGGGAGAAGAAAAUGCUUUUCCAUGGUGUUUUAUGAAGAACUACCAUACAUCACCCUCUAAUUUCCUUGACUUUUUAUGAAGGACAGAGACGUUUGCUCCGUCCACAUGCUGGUACAGUGCCAUUUGUAAGAAUCCAGCGCUAUUCUUUUACUCUGACUGUUUAGCAGAGCCGAAAGGUCGUCGGUUCUGGGACGCUGCUGCCUUGGAGUACUGACACUAGCAGACCCAGACCUGUGAGAGCACCCCAGGACCACAGCGAGUUAGUUUUUGUACUUACUGGUGAGCGCGUAGAAACCGCGAGGUGUUUCCUCUGAAGGAAGUUCACUGCAAUUUAUUGAUUUGAUUGUAAACUACUAGUGAUCAAUAGGUCAUCCAGAACUGUCAAGGGUGGGGCUCUUCGUGGGUGCCAGUGUGUGUCUACAUGUACACAUUGUACUCCUGUGACUCCUUACCCUGCUCCUUGUAUCCACAUGGUCGGGUGAAAGUGGUGCACGGUGCAGAGGAGCAGAACAAAAGGACGCUUGGAGGUGAAGGAAACCCUGAAGAGCCUGUGCUCACCCCACCCCCGCUACGGGUCACCUCCCUGCGGUCCACUGCUCCACUUUCCCCAUCUGCAGGGAGCGCCAGUCUCUCUCAGCUCACUCCAACUCCCCCCCCCUCCCAUUUGGAUGGUGAAAAAUCACGCACCGACAUCAUGGUGGAAUGAAUAACGCACUGGCAUGUGUCCUGUCAUUGAUGUGUCCUUAAUCGUUUUGAUGUCUCAUCAGAUGGUUGCAGUAUGAGAUCAUAGACAGAGGAGCUGUCUCUGCUCAUGUCCCUGUUCACACUCCUCUCUCCUGCCCUUGUUCUUCCUGUUUCUGCCCUUAUCUGUACCAUUGUCCCCGAACGUGAUCCUGGUUGAACUCCACCCUUGUACUUUCCCUUAUCCCUAUCAUCUGUCUAUCUCCGUCCACCUUCUUGCCUUUUCCUGUCCCUGUUCUUUGAGCCAUUUAUUUGUGCUCCCUCCCAUUCAUCUGCCCCUUCUCCCACUCCUGCUCAUGUCCCUGCUUCCAUUCUUGUCCACUUCCCUGACAUUGUGAUGCUACGUUUAGAGCAAAUGGCUUCCUCACCUCAACAGCUGGAGAUGAACCCAGGACUGUCCCUACAGGAGUCAUUAUAAACCCUGAUUGUAGAACACUAACUGAUUAGGACCACAAGUCAAAGUUGUUUUUCAAACUGGACUGCUGCACUAGGAAAGCUGUCUGCCGUGCUCAUCGAAGUUGGGACGACACGGGAGUGUCCUUGUUCAUCACACGGUGCAACCACAUGCCCUUUCCGUUCACUCGUCCACUGCGGUAUCAUUGGCGUAACUGGUGACACACGGGACCAGGCUGUCACCGAGAAGGGAUCAAAGGGGGGCUACAGUCGGGUCGAUCUUUUCCGGAACUCUGAGCGGACUGUAUUCCUCCAGGAUUAAACGGAAAGAUCGGCGGUCUUCAACGCACAUUGAUGCAGUUUCUUCUAGAGUUCACUUGAGUCCCGAGCUUAGCAUUAUUUAUUAGCUUUGCUGUAUUUAUAUUGUCACAUAUUUGUGAAGGACCAUCUGUUGCGCUCCAUGUCUUAUUUUUGCUAUUGUUUUGCACCUUGUGUUAAAGACAACUAAUGGAUUUUGAGAUCAUAACUUGUGUUAUGUGUUCUAUACUGUAUAAAUGGGAUGGGGGCACAAAACAGUAAAGAAUCAAAUGUACAUGCAUAUAUUUAUUUUAAAUUGCACACAGCUGUCUGUGUGUUAAGUCCUCAUGAUUGUGAUUUUAUUGAUGAAAAUUUUAAAUGGCUGUAUUUACUUCUAUUAAAU